GUGUCCAAUAGACGCUGGCGUGGGCGGGGCGUGGGCAGCCGCUCACAGCCCCGGGGGUCUCGGCUGGUCCGCUGAUCUGGGGUCCGGACCGCGCGGCGGUUGGCGACAGGCGGCACCGACUGGAGACUUGAGGGCCUGGCAGAGGGAGAAACCUACAGAGUCACAUUUGGCCACCACAUCCUCUCAGCCAGCUGUCACCAGCUCUGCACCAGGCCUUAAGCUGCCAGGCAGAGCCAUGAGCCCCAAACCCUGCAGUAGGGGCCGGUAGCCCCGCAGCUCUGGUGUGUGACUCCAUGCGUGGUGUGGCCCUGCGGUGACCGUGUGACCGGGUGGCCAGCAUGACGAAGCUCCUGGUAGCCAAGGUCCUCUGCAUGGCGGGCAUGUUCUUCCUCAUGCUGCUGGGCUCGCUGCUGCCUGUGAAGGUCAUUGAAGCCGACUUCGAGAAGGCGCACCGCUCCAAGAAGGUGCUCUCCCUCUGCAACACUUUUGGGGGCGGUGUCUUCCUGGCUACUUGUUUCAACGCGCUGCUGCCCGCAGUGAGAGACAAGCUGCAGCAGGUGCUAAGCCUGGGCCACAUCAGUACGGACUACCCGCUGGCCGAGACGCUCAUGAUGGUGGGCUUCUUCCUCACCGUGUUCGUGGAGCAGCUGGUGCUGACCUUCCGCCGGGAGCGGCCGCCCUUCAUUGACCUGGAGACCUUCAACGCGGGCUCAGACGCGGGCAGCGAUUCGGAGUACGAGAGCCCGUUCGUGGGCGCGGGUGGGCGCGGCCGCGGGCUCUACCCCGAGCCCACGGGGCACACGCACGGCGCGGGGCUGCGGCUGCGAGAGCUGGGACGGCCAGGCCCGCUGCGGCUGCUCAGCCUGGUCUUCGCGCUGUCUGCGCACUCGGUGUUCGAGGGCCUGGCCCUGGGGCUGCAGGAGGAGGGCGAGCGCGUGGUCAGCCUGUUUGUAGGCGUGGCCAUCCACGAGACGCUGGUGGCUGUGGCCCUGGGCAUCAGCAUGGCUCGCAGCGCGGUGCCCCUGAGGGACGCGGUCAAGCUGGCAGUGACCGUGAGUGCCAUGAUCCCAGUGGGCAUCGGGCUGGGCCUGGGCAUCGAGAGCGCCCGGAGCGUAGCCAGCAGCGUGGCGUCGGCGCUGCUGCAGGGCCUGGCGGGCGGCACCUUUCUGUUCGUCACCUUCCUGGAGAUCCUGGCCAAGGAGCUGGAGGAGAGGAGCGAACAGCUGCUCAAGGUGCUGUUCCUGGUGCUGGGCUACGCCGUCCUGGCUGGCAUGGUCUUCCUCAAGUGGUGAGGGCCGCUCGCCCGCCGUCAUCACCCUAUUGCCCACCCGAGCCGUGGGUCGCCGCAGGACACGGGCCCCGUGCCUCACCAGCCCCGCUCCAGGGCCACGGCGCCAUGCGCCAGGUCUCUCGCCCUCCACCGCCCCUGGCAUCACUGAUACCACUUUAAAACAAUGUCUUAAAGUUAUUUACCAAA